GGGUAGGAUAGUUUCAUAUUAACAUAAGUGUUGUUUGGUUGACAUGGGAAAUAAGUUCUCAUAGGAAAUUAUAAUUCAUGUAAAGUAAUUUCACUUACCUAUCUCCUAGGAAUUGACUUUAGUUUGUUUGAUUGAUAAUAUAGGAACUUAAAUUUCCUAGGAACUGAUUUCCCAUGUUUUAUUAGUUAGCUUGAUUAUUUUUUAUUUAAUUUACUCGUAAUAAAUUUGGAGAGAGAAAGAAAGAGAUUAAAUUAUUAGUGUGAAUAAUGCAAGUGGGCUCCUAAUCAUGGUAAAUGUGACUUAUCAAGGUGGGGGCUUGAUAAUUGUAAGUGAUUUCUCAUGUUUUAUGGGAAUUGAAACUUUUCUUGGAAUAUUCAUUUCCCCUAAUUUGAUGAUUUUGAGUCAUCAAACAACAAAUUCCCCUAAUUUUCCGGUUUUAGGUAAUCCUAGAAUCGAUUUUCAUUACUUGUUUUUGUGCGUCUCUAAACACCAAAUAGGCAAAUAUUCAUUUCCUAGAAAAUAGAAUUUCCCAUGUCUUUUACCUCCAACCAAACAACACCUAUGAUUAUGUUAAAUUACAUUGAAUGCACCAAAUUUCCUUCAUUUUGAUCUCACCGGAAGUUAUUAUGAAGUGGUUACAUUCCUAAGUUUGCUUAUAUAGUGAUAAAUUGACAACUGAUAAUGGCCAGCCAAACAAAGAAGGGUUGGUCAACAUACGCUCCCUUUCACAUCAUUGCUUUGUCUUUUUUCUGUAGAGUCGUUGACUAAUUAAUGCUGUUAUUCUCCGCGUUUAUUUCUUCAGCUUUCUAUUCAAAUAAUAACCAUCCUCAUCAUCUGAGAAAGUACUAUAAAUUGGUAUUGCCCAUUUCAAAAACUGCAAAAACCAAGAAAUUACCUAUUUAAUUAAUCCAUACUCAGCCAUAUAUAUUCUUAUAAACCAAAAUCAAUCAAGCUAAUCAAGAAGGGAAUAAAGAAAAAUGCAGCACUUUGUACUAGUGCAUGGGACCUGCCAUGGAGCCUGGUGCUGGCACAAGCUAAUCCCUCUAUUAAGGCGAGCGGGCCGCCAGGUUACAGCCGUUGACCUUGGUGGGUGUGGUGUCUAUGCUCGGCCGUUGAGUGAGAUUGUAACCAUUGAUGACUACGUGGAGCCUUUGAUGGAUGUCAUGAGGUCCAUUAAUCCACAUGACGAUGGUGGUGAUGAGAAGGUUGUUCUUGUGGGACAUAGCUUUGGUGGAAUUGCAAUCUCUAUGGCUAUGGAGAAAUUUCCAGAGAAGAUCCUUGUUAGUGUUUUUCUGUCUGCUUAUAUGCCUAAUUGCUCCUCUCCUCCCCUUACUCUCGUUCAAGAGACAUUCAAGAGAACACCUUUGGAGGGGCUUUUGGACACAAAAUUCAGGUUUGAUAAUGGUCCAGAAAAAGCAGCCACUCAUGCAAUGUUUGGUCCUAAGAUGUUGAGCACUAAACUCUACCAAAAUUGCCAGCCUGAGGAUAUAGAAUUGGCCAAAAAAAUGGUUAAGCUAGAUGGUUUAUUCAGUGAGGACUUAGCAAAGGAUUCAUUAUUUUCGGAAAAAAGAUUUGGAAGAGUGAAACGAGUAUUUGUUAUUUCUGAAGAAGAUGAAUCAGUGAAGACAGAUUUUCAAAAGUGGAUAAUUGAAAAUAGUCCACCACAUCAAGUGAAAUCCAUACCAAAAGCUGAUCAUAUGGUAAUGUUGUCAAAACCUCAAAAACUAUGCCGUUGUUUGCUGGAGAUCACUGAUAUAUAUCGAGCAACUUCACCAACAUUUUAAGUAGAUUGUUUGAGUAUAUCCCAGCCUGCACCAUAGGGUUUUCCAGCAAUUGUAUUUUUACAUCUAUGUGAUUAAAUUAUUUAUAAAUAAUUGUAAUUGUGGGUUGAUCUCUAAAAAAAUAAAUGGCAUUUUUAAGCUAUUUUGAUGCACAA